GCCCUGGCCGCCGGCAGGGACACGCCGUGCGCACUGGGAGCAGCCAUGGCCGACGGUCCGGUGGCGGAGGUGUUGCUGCGGCGGCUGGAGGCGGCUGAUGGCGGCCUGGACAGCGCGGAGGUGGCAGCCCAGCUGGGCUUAGAACACCAGGCUGUGGUGGGUGCCGUGAAGAGCCUGCAGACACUGGGCGAGAUUAUCGAGGCUGAGCUGCGCUCCACCAAGCGCUGGGAGCUUACUGCUGAGGGCGAGGAGAUUGCCCGGGAGGGCAGCCAUGAGGCCCGGGUGUUUCACAGUGUCCCCCCAGAGGGCCUGCCCCAGAGCGAGCUCAUGCGACUGCCAAGUGGCAAGGUGGGCUUCAGCAAGGCCAUGUCCAACAAGUGGAUCCGAGUGGACAAGAGUGCUGCUGAUGGGCCCCGGGUGUUCCGAGUGGUGGACAGCGUGGAGGAUGAGGUACAGCGGCGGCUCCAGCUGGUCCGGGGUGGGCAGGCCGAGAAGCUGGGAGAGAAGGAGAGGAGCGAGCUCAGGAAGAGGAAGCUGCUGACUGAAGUGACCCUGAAGACCUACUGGGUGAGCAAAGGCAGUGCCUUCAGCACCAGCAUCUCCAAGCAGGAGACAGAGCUGAGCCCAGAGAUGAUCUCCAGUGGCUCCUGGCGGGACCGGCCCUUCAAGCCCUACAAUUUCUCGGCCCAUGGUAUCCUCCCUGAGAGCGGCCACCUGCACCCCCUGCUCAAGGUCCGCACCCAGUUCCGGCAGAUCUUCCUGGAGAUGGGGUUCACCGAGAUGCCGACCGACAAUUACAUUGAGAGCUCCUUCUGGAAUUUUGAUGCGCUCUUCCAGCCCCAGCAGCACCCAGCACGCGACCAGCAUGACACUUUCUUUCUGCGAGAUCCACCCCAGGCCCUGCAGCUCCCAAUGGACUAUGUCCAUCGAGUCAAGCGGACUCACUCUCAGGGUGGCUAUGGCUCACAGGGGUACAAGUACAACUGGAAACUGGAUGAAGCUCGGAAAAACCUGCUCCGCACGCACACCACGUCGGCCAGUGCCCGCGCCCUCUACCGCCUGGCACAAAAGAAGCCCUUCACACCAGCCAAGUACUUCUCCAUCGAUCGUGUGUUCCGGAACGAGACCUUGGAUGCCACGCACCUGGCUGAGUUCCACCAGAUCGAGGGCGUUGUGGCUGAUCACGGCCUCACCCUGGGCCACCUCAUGGGCGUCCUGCGGGAGUUCUUCACCAAGCUGGGCAUCACUCAGCUGCGUUUCAAGCCGGCUUACCCCUACACCGAGCCCAGCAUGGAGGUGUUCAGCUACCACCAAGGCCUGAAGAAGUGGGUAGAGGUUGGAAACUCCGGGGUCUUCCGCCCUGAGAUGCUGCUGCCCAUGGGGCUCCCCGAGAACGUGUCCGUCAUUGCCUGGGGCCUCUCCUUAGAGCGCCCGACGAUGAUCAAAUAUGGCAUCAACAACACCGAGAGCUGGUGGGCCACAAGGUGAAACCUGCAGAUUGGUGUACGAUAGUCCUCUCUGUGCCGCCUGGAUGAACAGGGGCCCCCUCCAACACAGGAGGCCGCAUGACAUGAGCCACCCUGGAUAGGCCACCUUCCCCGACACCCCUGCUGCCCCUUGCAAUCCCUGCCAGUGACCCCCUUGUACUUACGAGGCCUCUGUGAGGCCAUCCCCCUGCCCCUGGUAUCUCCUUUCCCCGCUGGCCCCAGGGUCCCAGGGACAGGGGAGCGAAUGCAGGUUCGUUCGUUGUCCAUCUGUGAGGGUGGGCCUUGGGGAGCCCUGCUGGCCAGCCGCUGGCUAAUAAGUGGGCAGUUGCCCUCACCUGGUGCCUUUCCUUAGGGUAGAAGGAUGCUGGAGCCCGGGUGUGAAGCAUGGCGGGUUGGAGGUCUUGGACCUUGGGGCCUCCUGACCAGCCUGAAGCAGGUUCCCUCAGGGAAGACCAGCUCUAGCAACCAUCUGUCAGUUUACCUGCUGGUUCAAGGGUCUCUUCUAGGUGAAAGGAACGAACCCCCUACCCCUAUAGAAGGGGCAUUUAGGUAGGGGAGGCCAGGCAGGUGUCAGGGCCCCAGGAACCAGAAUUCACUAACUGGGAGCCAAGCAUUGGUGGGCAUGGGGCAUAUAUAUAGCAAGGUAAGUCUUAAAGGUAAGCUGCUUUUUCUUUUUUAAAAGAGCAGCUUUAGGUUGAUAGCAAAAUUGAGCAGAAGGUACAGAGAUUGCCUGCAUACCCCUGCCUUGACAUACCAUAAUCACCCAAAGUCCAUAAUUUACAUUACUGUUGACUCCCUAUGUUUUACGUGGGUUUGGACAAAUGUGUGAUAAAUGUGGAUUCGUUA